CCUGCUGUGGUAAACAGACGUCAGAAGGGAGGCUUCGCGUCGAGUCAUAACAAAACAAAACAAAAAAGAUAUCCGUGUAGUGAGUAUUUGGAAAUACAGAUUGGGAUAGAAACAACGCCGUUGGUCUAUAAGGAAACUCUUUGAAGAGGACACGAAUGGAUCUUUUCGGCUUUCUUCUAUAUUUUUAACUGAAAAAUAAUUGGAGUUAACGUUAGCGAGUUAGCUAGCCAGCUAUUUGUCAUGUUGAAAGAGCCGCGGUUGAGUUUUGCCCGAGUGACCGCAAAGUGAGUAACUGAACUCGAAGAUUAGAAGUAUACGCUAAUUUCAACAAGGGUGCACGACUGACUCCUUUUACUGAAAAUACUGCAGACGAGAAGAAGCACAAGGACAUAAUCUGAAGCGAAUCGCCAGUUCGUCUUGUGGCCGAGCGAGUGUCGUAUGGUUCUGCCUCUCGAGAAACAUGGCAGUUGGUGGCACGCGCUUUCCAGCAGCGUGGAAGAGCGUGCAGCCCUGAAACUGGAGAACACGGAUUUCCUUUUUCCAAUAUUUCCAUCACACCUGUUACUUGUCCAACAUGACCAGACUUUCUAGUAAGAUUAUGACAAUACUACAGUUCGAUUGUUGACAGAAUAUGCUGCUGCAGUUCAUUGUUAUGCUAAAUUCACCGAUGUUUUUCUAGCUAGCUUGCUAGCGUUGGCUAUGUGUUUUUCUGUCUUCUAUGCUUUCAGUAUAUACGGGGCUCAUAAUAUUCAUGAAUGAAGAAGUUGUGAAAAAAAACGAUAACUACCAAUAUCAAUUGAAGCAGUACUGUUUCACUGGAAUCUUGCUCGUUAGCUUGCUAGAUUAUUUUGUUGGCAGCAGUUUGUUUUAACGUUAGUCAAAUGCCAAAUUAACGGCUUGCUAGCUAAAUGUCACGGAAUGAAAGGGGUUCUAAAAUGUUUCAUUGAUAUUAUUCCUAGAAAACUGUUCUAAAGUGUAUCCAGUCUUGGUCAGUCACCCAAGCUACAAAAUAAUAAAAAAUACAACUAAUGUUAGCAUCGCGGUCGUGCGGUCUUCUGUGAAAUAACGUUAGGGAGGGGGAGAUUGUUUACAACUCGUAGACUAAAGCCAGUCAGUCACGUCGCUUUGUAAUACUGACCUACUACGGUAAUCCUUAUAUUUUUAUAAUUCCCAACUCCCCAUUGUAUCGCAGGGAUUGGUCAACUAUGAUUUUCUUUUUAUUAAACGACCAAAUAGAAAACGUGUAGGGAAAGUAAGGGAAUUUUGGUCUAUUUAGGAUAAAUAAUUACGUCAGGUUUAUCUGUUUAGUCUUAUGUUUUGUAUUUAUCUCGCCACUUUACACAAACGCAGUUAUCUUUGCGUUGGUAGUAAAAGUAACUAAGACUGAUUCGUAAAUUGCGCUUUAUUAAAACUUGAGGCAGUAAGUUACAGUAUUUGACGUUGGCAGCUGCAUGAACGACUUGCCACCUUGCUUAUAUUCAUUUAUUGUCAGAUUCUUUCUCGCACCUAAUCCUUUUCGUUUUAUGUGCAUUCCUCUUAGAAUUUCCUUUGUUCUUUUUAUGUAAACAAAACAAACCCGUUCCAGCCUCCGGUUUAAAUCAGGGUUUUAGCUAGCUACUAUUAAGGAGAUUAUUUGGUCCUUUUAAUCUCCAAUCGGAGGAUUAACUGACGCUAUAUUGGUGUAGUCAGAUUAUUGCGAUUCUUCCCUACCAUUCGUCUGUUAUUGUGAUUACGAUAUAUUGCUAUUGUGAGGGUCGAGACGGAGAAUGAACUUGACUUCUUGUGAGAAGGUGCUCGAACAAUUUGCAGGUCUGUCUCCUGAGACACAGUUAGCCUAACUAGACCUGAGCAGCCACAUUUUCCUCUGUAGCACGCACGUGUCCAACAUUACUCAAAACGAUUUAUACGAAAAUAUCUUUUAAAUUACCGAGUUUCUAUUUUUUGCUAUAUGCUUAUUUACAAAUUUAUCGUUAUAGCUUUUUUUUUGCAAAAUUUAAAAUAGUAGCGGAUACAAGUGUUGAUACUAAAAGCAAACAUACUGUUUAUUAACUAACCUUUGUGUGAAAGAAAAUAUUUUAAAAAAAAUAAUAAUGGAGGAAGAAAAGGUACCCCCGAUCGACCCAGACUUUGAACCUCAAAGCCGCCCGAGGUCGUGCACAUGGCCGCUGCAUAGGCCCGACAUCUCAGCUGUCAAACAGGAGGGGGCGGACGGUGCGGAGUCCACCGCAGGAACGCCGCCCGCAGAAGAGGACAAACAGGAGGCUGCGCCAAUCACAUCCGAGCCCGAGAAAGCGGUCACUUCAGAGGGCGGGGCUGUCACCGGAGUGGGCGGAGCUACUCCUCGAAAGGGCUCUUCGCGACGUAACGCUUGGGGGAGCCAGUCCUAUGCGGACCUGAUCAGCCAGGCCAUUGAGAAUUCGCCUGAGAAACGGCUAACCCUGGCACAGAUAUAUGACUGGAUGGUGAAAACGGUGCCCUACUUCAAGGAUAAAGGAGACAGCAAUAGCUCUGCUGGAUGGAAGAACUCAAUCCGCCACAACCUGUCGCUGCACAACAAGUUCCUGCGGGUCCACAACGAGUCGACGGGCAAGAGCUCGUGGUGGAUGCUCAACCCGGAGGGGGGCAAGACGGGCAAGGCCCCGCGCCGCCGCGCCGCCUCCAUGGACAACAGCAGCAAGCUGCUGAAGAGCCGCAUCCGCGCCAAGCAGACCAAGAAGCAGGCGGGCGGGGCCGCGGGCGCGGGGCCGGGGGCCCUGCAGGGGGAGGCCGGGGGCGGCGGGGGCGGGGACAGCCCCGGGUCCUCCCAGCAGUUCUCCAAGUGGGGGGUGGGCGGCGGGAGCCCCCUGGACGAGCCCGACAUGUGGACCAGCUUCCGCCCGCGCACCAGCUCCAACGCCAGCACCCUGAGCGGCCGGCUGUCCCCCAUCGCCCCGGGCCACGAGGACGAGGACGAGCUGCCCGAGGAGGGGGGCCUUCUGGGGGGCUACUCCGCCAGCUCCAGCGUGCCGCCCACGCUCACCGAAACGCUCAUGGAGGACCUGGACCUCAUCGACGGGCUCACCCUGAUGACCAGCCAGCAGGGCGGGGCCAGCCCCAGCCCUGCCCCUCCAGCGCCUCCCACCCCUCUGCCCUCCGCCUCCACCCUCUUACCCCGGGGGGCGGGCUUCCCCUCCUUCCGCCCCCUGCUGCCCUCCAAGCCCCCGCAGCCCCCCGCCCAGCCUGGGGUCCAGUCCUCUGUCGCCCAGGGUGCCGGCUCCAGCCCGGCGUCUUCCUCCAGCUUCGGUAACUCCCUCUUCAACCCCCUGCCAGCCCCCGGCUCCCGGGGCUCCCACUUUGGGGUUCGCGUGCCCUCCAGCCUGGAGGCUCUGCUCACCUCCGAUUCGCCGCCGCCCAGCGACGUCAUGAUGACCCAGGUGGACCCGCUGAUGCCCAGCCAGGGCAGGGCGGGGCUGCUGGGACUGGGCGGGGCCAUGGCGGACGGUCGGGCGAAGAGCGGGCAGCUGCUGCUGCAGCAGCAACACCAGCAACAGCAACAGCAGCACCAGCAGCAACACCAGCAGCAGCAGCAGCAGCAGCAGCAGGCCCAGAUAGGCCUCGGCAUGCUGCUCCCAGGCAUGGGCCAGGACCCGGCCCAGAUGAGCGCUCUGAAGGCCCAGCUGGCCCAGGGCUCGGGCUGCCCGGCCGGGGCCGGCAUGCUGCUGGGCGGCGGGAUGGCGUUGGCGGGCGGGAACGGCGGGCUCCAGGCCAUGGGCCCCUUCGGCACCCCCGGCUGCUUCCUCCCCAGCCAGGACCGGCUGCCCAACGACCUGGACAUCGACAUGUUCACCGAGAACCUGGACUGCGACGUGGACUACAUCAUCAACAGCGACCUCAUGGACGGGGACGCCAUCGACUUCAACUUUGACCCCAUUCUGCCUGGCAGCCAGGGUUACCCGGGCCCCGCCACCACCCAGAGCUCCUCCCACAACUGGGUGCCCAGCUAACUCUCCGGCGCCGCCUGCAGCCGUGGCCAGGACAGACCCGUCAUCAACCUCACACUCCCCCCCCGCCCCCCCAAAAACAGGACAAAACCCCCUAUGGGGGUCCCCACUUCUCCUCCACCACCAUACCACCAAACACACCGACUCUGCAGUGUACUCAUGGCUGCUGACUGCUCACUUGGUCUAUGCCAACUCUGUUUUACAAGCUUCUUUUUUUGUAGUUUGGUUCUGUAGUUUUUUUCCAGUUUUUUAAUUUUAUUCCAUUUGUAACACAAAAACCAGACCUCAUCCGUGUCAUGUGCCAAUGGUGGUUUUUCCUCCCAAGAAAGAAAGAAGGAGAGAGCAAGGAACCUGGAGAUUCAUGCUGGAAUAUUUUGUGCAACACUUUUGGACUUUUACUUUUUAUUAUUUGACAUUGUUUUUGGCUUUUAUGUCAAGUGGGGUCUUUGAUAAUAGCAUUGCAAAGGAAGGGAAAAACAGUGUCUAAGUGGAGCACAAUGCGGUAAUUCUUAUAGAUAUCACAUAUUACUACAGUACGAGUAAGACUGGAUGAUACUCCUCUUCCCCUGUAUCUCCUUCAUUUGAAGGAGAAGAUGAUGCAGGAAAUGUGUCUUAUUGGGGGGGGACCAUUUGUGGAUGCCAGCGACCAUGUUGGGCAUGAAGGUGACCCACGCUCCAGAACAACAUCCCCUGAGAUCAUAGACACUUCUUGAGGGAAAGGAAAGCUCAGUCAUAAGGCUGUGAGCAGUGGGGGGGGUUCAUGCUUAUUCAAUAUUGCAUUAA